UCGCACAGCGCGCAGGUGGGCUUGGUUUAACGAAGAAUGACCAGUCGAAUACGGCCAAUCAUUGCGAGAGUGGGCUGAGGCUCUCAUUUUCACUGUCAGUGGGCCGUGCACGAAGCGGAUGUCAUUCGUACUUCAAACCGUUUGAACAGCAACCUCAACAAACUUGAACAUAAUGAGCUAUUUUAUUGUUGAAUUCAUCAUUCUUCUGCCGCAGAUGCUGUGGGAAUUUGUGCGAUCUGGACUGAGGUUGGUAUUACCAGUUUCAUGGAUUGCAAAGUCCGUGGUUGGUGAACGUGUGCUGAUAACCGGCGCUGGUGGAGGCCUAGGGUAUCAGAUAGCUACAGAAUUUGCCCGAAAAGGCGCCGAAUUGGUGCUUUGGGAUAUAAAUGAUGAGCUUAAUAGUAAAACAGCGGAUGCUGUUGAAGAACUCGGAGCUAAAGUGACCACUUUUAAAUGUGAUAUUUCAAAACGGGACGAGGUCUAUUGCGUUGCAGAAAGAGUGAAGAAGGAAGUGGGGGAGAUAGAUAUUCUGGUAAACAAUGCAGGAAUUGUGUCUGGAAAGCGAUUAAUGGACAUUCCGGACGAAAGAAUUAUUAAAACUAUGGAAAUCAACAGCUUAGCUCACGUGUGGACUUUGAAAGCUUUCCUACCCCACAUGAUGGCAAAAAAUCAUGGGCACAUCGUAACCAUCGCAAGUAUUGCCGGUAAUUUUGGACUUGUUAGGCUGAGCGACUACUGCAUGAGUAAGUUUGCAGCUCAAGGCUUUCACGAAUCCAUGGCUCUGGAGAUGGUGGCUGAGGGCGCCACAGAUGUGAAGUUCACGGUGGUCAAUCCAUACCUCAUCACAACAGGAAUGUUUGAUGGUGUCAAAAUAAAAUAUCCAUUCAUAAUUCCCAGCCUGGCUCCGGAACAGGUGGGAAGAAAAGUAGUGAAUGCUGUGUUGACGAAUCAAGAGGUAGUAGUGCUUCCAUGGAGUAUGAAUUUGUUUGUUUAUCUUAAAAGCUUCAUGCCUAUUCAAGUUUUAUUCAUGAUUUCCAAAUUAUUUGGAGUUCUGCACAGCAUGGAUGAAUUUGUUGGCCGCAGCAAAAAGGAUUAAAUUUAGAUUGUCAAGAAAUUAAAAGAAGAACAAAAGCAGCAUCUAUUGAUGAUUAGAAAUUUAAUAUUCUGUACAGGAAGAGGAAAUAAAUGAACAUUUGCUUCUGCUGCGAAAAUAAUUGUGUACUGAUUGUUGAAUUGCAUACUGAAUAAAAAACUGCCAACUGAUUAAUUGUUACACAGGUUAAAUAAGAUCGGAUGAUAAAAACCAACAAAUGGAUUUGUCCUCUACUGUUCCAUGAAACUUAACAAAUAAUUGCAUACUAAUUAAAUUGCAUACUAGAUGAAAUUAGAUAUUGGCUAAGGCUAGAGUCCUGCUACAGUGUCAAGCCUGGAUUGACUCGGUCAAAUUGAUAAAUUUGUAGUCAAGUAACCUCUGUUGACUUAUGUCUGACAUGAAAUCACUCUCAACUUGGCAAUGUACCCAUAUUCACCCUGUGUUUACAUUAGUACCUUCUCAAUCCAGCCAACCAAUCACUAGCAACACAAUGUUAAAGUAUCAAGAUUUCUGCUUGCUGAGUUACAGUGGUCAACUCACAAUGUCCAAAGUGUGUGGCAUACUGGAAUGGUCCAAGAAGAACGUAAGCGAAAAAUAAAAUGUUUUGUCUAAAUGUAAGAUGCUCAGGGCGCUUGAUAUGUGGACUAGGAAUUCGAUCAAUGACUUUCUUUGCAACUAAGGGUCCCUUUGUGUCUGUGCUAUCCGGUAACCCGGUACCCCGGUACCAGCAACUCUCGUCGUCCACCACAGGUGCUGUCUGUUCCAAUAAUUAUGGAUUGUUUAUAAAAGAUUGUGCUAAAGUUUUAUUUAAAAAAUUCUUUGAAAUUAUUUAUUUAAUUCCUUAACCUUUUUUUGACCAAACAGUAAUUAAAGUGUUAAAAAUAUGCAGACUAUUAAUAUUAUAUUUGUAAUUUCAUGUUAAAUUGAGCCUGGUAAUUUUUUUAUACACUGAUAUUUUAAAACUGUAUAUGUAUUAUUUAAAAUGUAAAAUAUGUGCGAUAUCACUACAGGUAUUUGUUUUACCUUGGCUAAAUAAAUUGCUUACAAGGUGGUA